AUGGAGCACCGGCGAUGGCCCUCGGCGCCGGUGGGACGGUGCGGCUUCCACGGCACCACUUCCCUGGACCCUUACCCGGACCGCUUGCCUUGCCCUUCGCGAGUUUUUGUCGAUACGCCGGGGUAUUGCUAUGAAAUCGGUGAUGGGGAGCUGCUUCAAAAGCUCGUUGAGGGCCUCCCGUGGAAAAUGCGGCUCGUUGGCAUGGACGCGAUCUCGCUCGACGAGGUGAAGGCUCUUGUCUCAGUGCCCUCGAAUCGAUGCUGUCAAUGCGUGGUGGUAAUCCCGGCAACUGACCUCGUGGAGGAUGUCGGGUGGGUUCAGAAUUUACUUUGGCAGAGACAAUAUAUACCCGCAAGGGAUGUGGAAGGGGUCGUCUCGCACUUAAAGAAGUUUGUCACAUACCUGCAAGCACUCCCAGGCAAUAUUGCGGCCUUUAUCGUGAUUAGCAAAAUGGAUAAGGUCGGAGGGUGUGAGAAUCGCCACACGCGAAGGGUGAUUCUCGAUGUUUUAGAGACCUGCAUCCCGAUUAAUCACAUUUUCUUCUCCGAGUUCCCGGUUGAAAGGGGGUCAGUGCGAUCCAAGUCCAAUUACUUGCCUGAUAACAGUACAAGGGAAAGCCUCAGACAAUUACAUGAGGAACUAUACACCUGCCUGGACUGGAUGGCGUAUAUUAAAUCAAAGUAA